AUGGAGCAAGCCAGCAAGAGCCCCAAGCUGGGCGUAGUUUCCGGCGUCUACAUCCCCGUCUGUCUCAACAUUUUCAGCAUCCUGAUGUUUCUGAGAUUUGGAUGGAUCCUUGGCCAAGUAGGGCUUUUGGGCAUGCUUGGAUUGCUGGUCACCGCCUAUAUGGUGGACUUUCUGACAACACUGUCCCUCUCUGCGAUAGCUUCAAAUGGCGAGGUGAAGGGUGGAGGUGCCUACUACGUGAUCUCGAGGUCUCUUGGUCCCGAGUUCGGCGGUUCCAUUGGCGUGUUGUUCUAUCUUGCCCAAGUCUUCAACACCGCCCUCAAUGUCGUUGGUCUAAUUGACUGCAUCAAAUUGAACGCGGGAGAUUUGUUCCCCCAAGGUUUUUGGGCAACAUACUUGCUCCAGACACUGGCACUUCUGCUGUGUGCUGCGCUGGGCCUGGCUGGAAGUGGCAUUUUUGCUAAGGCCAGCAAUGCACUUCUAGUCAUUCUGUCUCUUGCCAUCAUAAGCAUCCCGAUAUCUGCCAUGUUCAAGGCUCCUUUCAGAGAUGACGAUCUGGGAGUCCGGUUCACUGGGUUCAGCCUCGAGACAUUGGUGGACAAUUUUGCCCCUCACACAAAGAGCGACUCCUAUAAUGGCCUCGAGACGUUCCGGGAGCUCUUUGCCAUUCUGUUCCCAGCGACUUCCGGGAUCUUUGCGGGAGCUUCAAUGUCUGGAGAUCUGCAAAAUCCCAGCAAAGACAUUCCCAAAGGAACACUCUGGGCAAUGAUGACUACGUUCAUUGCGUAUUUGGUCGUAGUUUUUUCCAUGGCUGCCACCACGACGCAUAACUCGUUUCUUAACAACACCAACAUCAUCUCUGUUACCAGCCUGUCGAUGCCCUUGAUUCUUGCAGGAGAGUGCGCCGUCACCUUCUUCUCCGCUGUCAUGGGACUUGUAGGUGCGGCGAAGCUGAUGCAGGCUUUGGCGAGGGAUAAGCUGUUACCGGGUUUAAUACCGUUUAGCCAAGGGACGAAGAAGGCCGAUGAACCGAUCUACGCGAUUCUCUUGACGUACGGUCUUGCUCAGGUUUCCAUGCUCGCCAACCUCAACCAGAUUGCGACUCUUAUUUCUAUGGGUUAUCAGGCGAGUGCUACACCCCGCCUCUCACUGGUCCAUAGCUAA